AUGGCCGUGUUUGGAACUGAUGAGUAUGAUUUCAAAAUGUUUGGCACUACGGUAACUGUACCAAAUGCUGAUAUUGCCAAAAUAAUGUAUUACUUGGAUUGUGUAUGUACUGUUAUCGAUUACAAUGAUAAUGACAUUAGUCGCUAUCGAAACUAUUCAAAUUGGGCCAAUAUGUCGGAAUAUGAAGAUCGUCUCAUAUUUUUACUGGCUUUAACACUUUCGCCGACUGAACUAGAAAAUAAAGUCUUUUUUGAAGCUCCAGAAUUAUGCCCUACAACGAACAAUCAAUUUUAUGAAAUUGGUCAGAUUCGGAAUCGGUUAGUGGUUGUUCAAUCAAUUUUCAUUGGUGGUCGAUCGCGUCAAGUGAAAAAGAUUAUGGCAUAUGAACCAAUUUGGAUGCAGAGAAAUUAUUAUGAACCAAUUGCAAGACUAAAAAGACGGUUUAGUCCAGACGACGAUGACGAUGAUAGCGACGACGAUAAUGAUGACAGCGAUGACGAGGAUGAUAAUAGUAAUAAUUAUUAUAGUGCAUCGUCAUCGAGCACUUGUGUUAUUUCUUGA